AUGAUGGACCUGCUGAAAUCGUGGGAAGAACUGCGAGUCUCGGAGACGAAUGCCACGAACGUUCUGCUUCCAGUAUGUAUCGUUUAUCCAUCUCUUUCUCUUUCUCCAUUUUCGCCAAUUUAUCAUCGACGCACAUUCGAUUAGACUGGUUUUUUGGGCCGCUACGAGUUUAGGCGACAGAGAACAGAACAGAUUCGUCAGCGUCUAACGUCUCUCGUUUCAGGUUGUGUACUACUCGAAAUCGUCGCUGUUAACGCUUUGCGAAAGCUACUCGAAUGUGGCCGAAAAGUGUGAACUGGGAAAGUGCCACGUGGCAAACCCGGUCGCCACCUUCGUCGCUCGACACUUUUCCUUUGUCUGCGCCUCCGAUGUGGCCGGGAAGUACUUUGCCAAUCAGAACUGUAUCGCUUCGGCGUUGAACGCAUCCAACUGCACAAGUCGAAUCAAUGGGGAUCCCAAGAUUGGCGGAGAUUGUAGGGGACCAAACACAUUUUCUAUCUGAUUUCAUCCGAUUUUGCAGUGUUUUGCCCGCAACUCGACGAAUUCGUCACUUGCGUCGAAGAGCCGCUGCGCACACUUUGUGGCAACGAGGCGUAUGCAUUAGUGAUGAAGACCGUCGAAAAGUAUGGAUGUCCUGCGAAGAUUGGUAUGUGACACUUGCAGUGAAAUGAAUAGUAUCGUUUUCCAGAAGUGGCCAGAGUCAAUGAGUUCCUGAGCAUCGGAGUAGAAGGCGUCACAGUUGUGGAGGACGUGGCAAAUGAAACUAUGACAAGUACGGAAGAGCGGAGAAUCGAAGUGAACAUGUUGGUGACGACGUCGUUGCAAAUCGACGAACAGACUACGACGCCAGUGGUGCUCAGGGAAGAGCUCAUUGUGAACAGUACUUCAGAGCCCGCGACCAUCAUUGAUGAGGUCAGAGAGAUUGAAAGUUCCGGAGAAGCACCAACACCAGAGCAGAGGGACGGAGCAGUGACAGUGGUCGAACAAGACCGAACGCCGAAAAGAAAGCGAUUCAACGCGGAGAACAUGACCGACUGCUUCACGAGUAUCGUCGGCGACUUUGGCCGUUUCCUCCACUCCUCCCCGACCGCCACCUUCGUCCGUUUCCCACUUUUCGGCAUCAAGCCAAUGGAACUCGAGGUGCUGUGCUCAAAGUUCGAAGAGGCGAGGCAGUGCGUGAGCAGCUUCUGCGUCGGCAACUGCAGACUUCCCGCCAUCAAAAGCUUCGUGGAUUCGCAACUGAAAGAAGCUUGCACACUUCGAGAUUUACCGGACUUCGAGCUGGAAUUCACCUGCCUUCAGAAUGUGCUCAAAGAGAAUACGGUGGGUUUCUACUCAUAGUUGGGACUUCGAAGAACCUCUUACUUCCAGGAAUGCGUCAGUUUUCUGAACUCUACAAAUCCGAACCGAUGUGAUGGACAUCCUCAGUUCAGAGACUGCAUAAUCGACCGAUUGAUCGGAGAGUGCUCGGAAGAAACGGUAAAGUUGAUGGACCGAAUGACGAACGGAUUCGGGUGCAGAAUGCUCAUUGAGCAGGAAGAGCCGGAAGCAGAAUCCAGUGGGGACUUUCUCGAAGGAUCCGGAAGUGGGGAGAUUCCCAAACUUCUCGCAGAAGAUGCAGUCAAUCAAGGCAACUCAACCGACGAAGUGUUGCUCACAGAGGAAGCUCCAAGAGCGUGCGUGGGCGGCCGGAAGAACUCUGCCCUUUCGUGCCUCGCUCCGCUCCUCCGUCUAUGGACUGGAAUCAAGGAGAACCGCAAAGAAACCGAAGUGGUUAACACUUUCACUUUUCUCUCUUCAACUUUUCCUCUCUCCAGGUCGUCUUCCCCAUCUUUGAGUUCUCCAAAAUCGAGCUCUUGGAGCUGUGCGACGCGUUCGCCAACUACCGAAACUGCAUAAAGUACACCGAUUCGGAAGUGUGUCGGAGUGAGCCGGUGGUCAGUUGAGACGAAGUUUCAAUGAAAAUGAACAGAGUUUACAGAUAAAGUUCGCAGAAGAGCAUUUCGGGCAAGUGUGCACGAGUCAGCAGAUUGAGGCGUCGAUGCGGACGCACGACUGCAUAAACGCCAUCGGAUCACGGGAAAUGGCGGUGUGUCAGAAGUACUCGAAAGGAGAGACUCUUCCCGCAAAAGUUGGUUUUCUCUUCAUUCCGAAACGUAUUAUAAUUUUCUCCAAAACUAUCGAUACGCGCCUUUAAUGGGGUUAUUCAGGCUGUGAAAAAAUUAUUUUUUUCCGUUUUUUUUUCGUUUUUUUACGUCAAACAACCCAAUUCAGCGGUGUAAAAAUACAAAAAAACGGAAAACAAACAUACGCUGAACAGCCCCAUAAGUUUUAUUAAUGUGUUCCGCCAAAAAAUUUCAACUACCGUACUUUAAAGGCGCGUAACGCUCCCCAAACCAACUAUGCUUUUGCAAAACAAAAAUCGUUCAGAGAAAGUGCCCAAAAGUGCGUCGCUACACGAAAUGUCUUCGAAAAGUGGUUGCCACGUCGUGCGGCCACCUCAUGCUCGCCCAAUUCGACAUGAUCGUCCAUCGGUUCGGAUGCUGA